UACUGGUUUGUACAUCUCCACUGGUGACUCUGGAGGAAGGUGUUUAAUACAUAGUACAGAUUUUCAAGAGAGGUGGAGAAAACGGCACAAUUUUACAAUUACCUCAAAAGCACAGAACAACAUUCCCAAGGCACUGGAACAGUAAUUCAGAUGGUUUUCUGAAAGAAACGCCUGAAAGGACUACAGAUGCAAUGACAGAGCUCAAUAUCCACAACACCACUUCUAUAAUAAGCACUACAGCAAAAAUAGAAAACCAAGAUCAUCUAAAGUGUGGCAAUUUCAGUUUGAAUGAAGAGAGUCUCCGGGUCCCACUGGCGUUCUUCUACUCGCUCUUCUUCCUGCUUGGCUUAGCUGGCAACGUGCUAGCCCUUGGGGUGUUCCUGCGACUACACUCCAAGAAGAAUUCAAUGCGCGUUUUCCUCAUUAACCUGGCUUUGGCAGAUUUACUCCUCAUAAUCUGCCUGCCCUUCCGUGUGCUCUACCAUGUCAAUGACAACUUCUGGAGUUUGCAUUCUGUGCUCUGCAAGAUAGUGGGCAAUGUUUUCUACAUGAAUAUGUAUGUAAGCAUUAUUCUGCUGGGGCUUAUUAGUAUAGAUCGCUACGUGAAGCUGCAGAGGGUCUUGAGCAAGCAGAGGUUCCUUAGCCAUACGCAGAGCACUGUCGCAUGUUGCGCCAUUUGGGUAACCGCGAUUAUUUUCAUAACACCGCUGAUUGCCUUAGGUAGAGAUCGCACACCAUCUAACAUGUGUUUCCAGUACAAACACUUGUACAAUGCCAAAUGGAAGGCCUACUUAAACAUUACUGUUUUGGUUGGUUUCUGGGUGGUCUAUGGCUUUCUGGUAACCUCUUAUGGGAAGAUAGCAAUGAGGCUGCUUCAGAUCUCUAAGCAGAAGCCAGAAUUUCCAAACGCAACCAAGUACAGCAGCACAGCUCGGAAGUCCUUCUUCGUCCUCUUUCUCUUCACCUUGUGUUUUGUACCCUAUCACUUUGUGAGAAUCUUCUACAUCUACUCACAGAUCACAGACGUUUCGUGCCGGUGGGUUCAGAUAGUGGACAAGACCAAUGAGAUCUCUCUGUUGCUUUCUGCGUUUAACAGCUGUCUGGAUCCAGUCAUGUACUUUGUGCUGUGUAGCUCAGUGCGCAGGACGGUACUGCAGGCGCUGCACAAAAACAUCUGCCUAAAGACUUGUUCUAGAUACAGAAGACCCAGCUAUGAAAAGGAAAGAAGCCAAAAGGAGCAGGCUACACAAAGCGAGACCAGCACAAUGUAAAGAAAGACUACAAUAGCUUUCCCACUCUGGUUCUUUCAUUAACUGGCAGGACUGAAACGUUAUCAUAAAUAAGCAUUAUCUUUCAAAGUACAUGAAAAACUGCAAUAUAAUCUACAAAUGUUCAUAUAAAUAAAUAUUUCCAAUAUUUUUUUUCA